AUGCAGGACCCGCCCAGUGAAGUGGAGAAACGCCUUCUUCGAAGGCAGUUCUUUCCUUCCAAAGUGGGUGGGCGGCCGGCCUGGUUGAUCCCAGCGAACCUGCCCGGAGAAGAGGAGCUUGCCUGCCUCAGGUGUAGCUCGCGAAUGCGAUUCCUGAUGCAGAUCUACGCGUCCCAGGGUACGCGGAAGGAGUCUUGCUUUCAUCGCACCCUUCACAUCUUCGUCUGCACGAAUUGCCAGCCGAACGAGGUGAGAGUUUUUCGGGCUCAACUGCCCCGAGACUGCCCAUACUACAGCUACGACGAGCCAGACAGGGAAGCCGCCAUUCACAGCGAGCCUUUGCCGGAUGCCGAACUGGAGGCCCUGUGCUGCCCUCAUUGUGGCCUCGCUUCUGGCAAGGCACCGGAGCUGUGCAGCGACUGCGAUAGGCGGGCGAGAAACGGAGAUCCACCGGUGCCCUUUGCCGAGUUCGAGAUAUCCGUCUCGGCAGCGAAUGUUUCGGACGACGAGGAGGAGGAGCCGGCAACUAUCGAGACUAGCGCCGCAGAACGGCGAGCCGAGGAGGAUGGCAACAAUCCCGAUGCCUACGCAGAGGCUGUUCAGGAGACUGCAGACGCUGUGCAAGGCAUUCAAGUGACCGACCGGGACAAGAAGGACACAGAUGCCUUGGCAAAGCUCAAAGCGUACCAGGAGAUGGUUCGAGAGGACCCCGAGGCUGCACUGGACAAGUUCGGUGCCAGUUUCGCAUCCGAGUGGGUUGAGGAGCACUCAGUGAAGGAUCCAGUCUUCGCUCGCUUCCAACGCUUCCACGAGGAAAAUAAGAGUCACGUCCUGCGCUACCACCUGCAGGGUGUUCCGAGAUGGUUCUGCAGACACCGGCAGCUGGAAGGUGAAGCUCCCAUAUGCCACUGCGGCGGCUCACGCAUCUUUGAGUGCCAGGUUCAGCCAAUGAUCAUCUCCUUGCUGGCAGGCUCGCCCCUGCAAGAUCGCUUGGACUUCGGCACGAUCUGUAUCUACUCUUGUGAGGAAAGCUGCGAUGAUCCUGAGCGAUCAUAUGUCGAGGAGUUUGCCUACGUGCAGCCCGAACCUGUCUCGGAGUGGAUCCCGGCGUGA